AUGCAUCUCUCGGCUGUGGCACUAGCACUGGUGCUUGCCGGCAGCAAGGUGUCCGCCCACACCACCAUGUUCAGCGUCCAGGUCGACGGGGCAGACCAAGGAGACGGCAGGAACGUCUACAUCCGGUCGCCCCCCAACAACAACCCCGUAAAAGACCUUGCCAGCCCCGACCUCGCGUACAACGUCAACGGCGGCACAGCCGUCAGUUCCUUCGUCAAGGCGACCGCGGGCGCGACCCUGACGUUCGAGUGGUUCCACAACACCCGGGGCGACGACAUCAUCGACGCCAACCACAAGGGCCCCAUCAUCACCUACAUCGCGCCCUUCAUAACCGGCAACGGCGCCGCGCCCAUCUGGACCAAGAUCGCCGAGGACGGCUUCGACGGCGCGACCAAGCUGUGGGCCAUCGACAAGCUGCGGUCCAACGGCGGCAAGGUCAGCUUCGUGCUCCCGGCCAGCAUCGCGCCCGGCCAGUACCUAGUCCGCCAGGAGCUCAUCGCGCUACACGAGGCCGACGCCAUCUUCACCGCCAACCCGGCCCGCGGCGCCCAGUUCUACCCCAGCUGCGUGCAGGUCGAGGUCGCCGGGUCUGGCAGCGUGGUCCCGGGCGAGAACUUCAACUUCAAUACCGGCUACACGUACGCGGACCCCGGCAUCGCCUUCAACAUCUAUGCCGCCUUCACGAGCUACGCCAUCCCCGGCCCCAAGGUCUUCGAUGGCGCCGCCGCCCCCGCUGUGUCCUCCAGGGCGGUGGUGGGCCUUACCACCCCGCCUGCCGUUCUGACGACGCUCUCGACCGUGACGCGCACGGCGGAAUUCAGCCUCGCCACCGGGCCCGGGCCCGUCGUUGCGCACACCACCCGGACGGCAAGGCCCACUCUCCAUAUUCGCGCCGCCAAAUAG